ACCGGCUCGAGUGCCUCGGACGCGAUAGGAUGGCCUCGUCAUCAGGAGAGAGCGGGAUCGUCGGGAGAGCGCUCGUCGUCGCGGUGGCGGCCGCGGCUCUCGCCUGCUCGCGACCAGCCAGCGCCGAGAAGGACGAGGAGUACAGGGGCAAGUACCUCGGGAAGCUGAACGCCUACCACCACCAGGUCUCCGGCGACGUGUACGCGGUCGACGAGUACACGCUGCUGCUGACGUCGUUCAGCUACGACGGGAACGGGGCCGACACCUUCUUCUGGGCCGGCGCGUCCAAUCGCCCCGGGCCCCAGGGCUUCAUCGUGCCCGACGAGUGGGGAAAGACCAACGUGCUCGACCGGUACUUCAACAAGGACUUUACCUUGACCCUACCGGAGAACAAGAAGAUCACGGACAUCAAGUGGUUCGCGAUUUACGAUCUGGCGAGUCAGAAUACCUUCGGAGACGUGUACAUUCCCGAGGAGUUCGACCCCCCGGCGCCGCAGAAGAUAUCCCAGCUGUCGAAAAGAUCUCACGGGGUCUCGUCGGAUCCGAUCGUGAUCCUCGACUCGAAGACGAUCGGCAUCCCGCAAUUCGUGUACGACGGACAGGGAAGGAGCACGUAUUUUUGGGUCGGCCUGGGCCCGCAGCCUUCCAGCAAGGGGACCAAAGUUCCGGAUGAGUAUGGCUACUUGGACCCCCUGCGGGCUUACGACCACGAAGACGUCGUUAUCCAGCUGCCAGGCGAGAUGACGGUAUUCGACGUGGACUGGCUCAGCAUCUUCGACGUGGACACGAAAACGAAUUUCGGUUCCGUCGUGGUACAGGACGGCCUGAACGUGCCCCCUUCCCUCGUCAAGGUGACAAAGCACGCGGAAUCGCUGCCAAACUGUAUACAGCUGCACAAGAGGUAUCAAGCUAGUUGGGAGAUUUUCGGGCCGCAGAUAACGAUCCAGCUCGCCGGUCAAGUUGCCGAGGACGAGUACAUGGCCUUCGGUCUGUCCGGGUCCGAGGAGAAGAGCCAAAUGGAGGGCGCCGACGUUACGGUCGCGUACAUGGACGGCACUCGAGGCUACGCGACCGAUUACGAUAUCACCGCAAAGGCGCCCUGUGGAAAAGUUCUCGGCCAGUACAAAGGUGUCUGCAAGGACGAACUCGUCGGUGGCAUGGAUAGCAAUCAACUCUACACCGCCGUCAGGCAAAAUGGGAUAAACGUUAUUACGUAUAGGCGGACCCUCAAUUCUUCCGACCCCGGGGAUAAGGAAUAUCCUACCGACCGACCCGUUUACGUGGUUUGGGCCCUGGGUAGGCUAGACGAGAACGGCGAGCCAAAUUUCCACGACAUCUACCCCAAAGGAGAUUUACGGUUGGAGCUUAAUCGACAGGAGCCGGAGAACACCUGCGUGGACUUCACGGAGGACAAUCAAAUUUUCGUGGAACCGUGGGAGAAGGCCGAGAUCUUCGACAGAAGCAUCAGAACGUUCAGGGCAACGAUCGGCCCGUCCGGGGGCAAAAAGGGGUACCAAGGGAUAACGGGUCUCACGUCGAACGGACUCGCUUGGUACAUUAACGGACAGUUGAUUCCGGAAUUGUAUCUACGUCGAGGCUUGACAUACAAUUUCAGAGUCCACGGGGGAAACAACCCGCACAAUGUGCACGCGUACCACCCCCUGAUUAUAACCGACGAGCCACACGGUGGCUACGACAGACUCAGCGAUAACGCGCAAGCUCAAAUUCGAGUUCUCGCAGGAGUGGAGUUUACCAGAAGGGGAAGACCAAGACCUACGGCAGUUGGUCCACUUUGCUUGAGCAAGCACGUUGGACGAGACAGGAGACUGGACGAUGACUUUCCAAGUUUCAAGAAAUUCAACAGAACUUUGGUUCAAGUCUGCGAGCAAGGAGAGGGAGGCAGUCUGGAAGUGACGCCAAAUUCCACAUGGCCGGACAUAGUGUACUACAAUUCCUUCACCCAUGCGAACAUGGGCUGGAAAAUUCACGUAGUCGAUGCUUACGUGCGAAGCGUAUCGGUUACUCCGAAGCUAAGCUGGCUCGUUGGUAUCUUCGCCCUAUACUUUCGGCUACUGUAAGAUUAAGACUGCUCAAUUGUCUCUACCGCGCGAGGAUUUGCGGAAAUUAAUUUAGCUACUUCACUUCGAAGAAAUAAUAUAAUCAUGUACUUGUAUAACUUCGUAUACGUAACGUGACCCUCUACGUAGGACAGCUCAAAAAGGUAUGUACUUGCGGUACCUGAGCUAUACUAAACUGUAAAAUAAUUAAUGUAAUAAAGCAACUUAUUGAACAAUAA